GCAGUGGAGGUGCACCGUCCGCAGCAGGCCGACAUUCGUGAUUUUUACAUCGAAUCGCUGGACGGGAACUCACCGCAGCUGUCAGCCGCGGACCGUCGGUCCCACAGCCAGCCGGCGGGGCGCUUUUUAGAUAGCAAUCAACUUUCCAAUUCAAUAAACCCCCCGGAAAGGAUACCGGUCAAUCGGCCGUCCGGCGGCACGUGGAUCGAUGACCUGGAAGCGGACUGGGCCAACGCUCACCGGAGGGGAAAACACGAACGCUUCUGGCAGACGCGGAUGGACGCCGCCGCCGUCCGGUGGAAUUCGAUCCAACCGAACGUGGCGGCGUACUUCGACGAGGACGGUCCCGGGUCGGACGAACUGGACGGCGGACCCUACCAGCUGGUGGACGGCUGUCCCAGCAACGUGUGGCAGCAGGAUCUCGUGUUCAGUGACCGCAUGGUCAUGAAUUGGACGGUACCGGUGGAGAGGGCCCUUCGGGGGGUGUACAGUGAACUGCGUGAUAACGAUGGUGGCGAUAGUGGAAAAAGCAGUAGCAGUAGUAAUAGUGCUAGCGGCCAAAGUGUUGGUAACAGCGAGGAGCAAAACCGAACUGUCCAUUUUAGGGUCCUGUACCGUACGAUGACUAGCCAUACCGUUUACGAACUGAAUUACCGAAUGGUGCUUUUGAAAGAAUGCAAUUUUCUACUUAAGGAAAACUCGGGUUCUCUAGAUUCUAGCAAGCUACCGUCGGAGUAUGACAACUGUAGAAUAGGUUUCCCCGCCCGGCUGGAUGAUCAGCAGCUGCCGCCGGGGCUGGUGGUACAACUGACUAGGCUCAACAUUCCCUGCCGUGCGGACGGUGGGUACCUGAGGUUCGUCGAGCCCAUCGCUGGCGGUAGUGCAGAUGGACGCGACAACAGCAACAACCACAACCAGAACCAGAAUGCCAUUAGUGCGGACAGCACUAGUGGUGGUGGUGGUGGUGGUGAAAGUGCAGAAGAAGAAGGGCACUUUCUGUGCGGAAAGCUAGAAGAACUGCCCAAACGUGAUCGGACGUUUCACUUUCAGAAGCAUCGCAGCACGAUCGUGGUGGUGCAUAACCGACCGGUGUUCAGUUUUAACUUUAGGCUAGUGGAUUAUUGUUACAAUGUAACGAUUAGCGAUAGGAACAGCUCGGUGCUGCUGAGACCGCUUCGCGGUCUGGACUGCCAUUUUAGGGUACACUUGCCGUUCGGCAAUCGGAUUGCGUUCAGACUGGUUGCAAAUGGUGGGGUGGAUUUGGAGAUGGAGGGUACUUCUGCGAUUAAACACGAACAAAUAGAUUUAGGUGUUCCGCAGGGUGACAGCUUAGGGUCGCAGUGCUUUAGCGGGCUGCGAGUUGAAGUGUACGAGCAACCGCAGAAUCGAUGGAUUCGUUGUGUUUCGGGUUACAGUGUACCGACAGUCUAUACGUUACUUUCAAGUGAUAAUAGUGUAGUGAUUCAUGUCAGUAAGUACGCCUUACUGGCGGGUUUGGAAAGUUCGGUAACCAACGUUAGUGGUAGUAGUAGUAGUAGUGAUAGAAACGUACCGUCAUUACUGAUCGAGUAUGAUGCCCAUCCGAUCGAGAAUGUAGUCUCACAAUGUGCCUUCGGAUGGAUAGCGAGCGGUCAGUUUUGCGUAGCAGCGUUCGCAAACAGGCAGCUCAAAUGGGUUGAAGCCGAGCAAGAAUGCAACCGACUUGGGGGACAUUUGGCGUCGAUCCGCUCCGUGGUGGAUCAGAAGCUGGCCGAUCAAUUACUGCUCAAAAGCCCUAGCUAUAAGGACGGCAACGCGUACUGGAUCGGAGCAUCCGAUCGGACGCUGGAAGGGGACUUCCGGUGGAGUGAUAAUCUACCGUUUUUGUAUUCUAAUUGGUUUCCCGGCUGGAUUCAACAGGGCAACUACAAUCGGCAGCCCAAUGAUGAUGGUCUGAGUGGGCAGGACUGCGUGGAGAUUUGACGACAUUUUCAAACGCCUCCGGGCGCUUCUACAACUGCCACUCCACUGGUUUCGUCCUAUAUGUGGAACGAUCGGGACUGUGAGACGAGGAACUAUUUUCUCUGUGAGCGGAUUCUAGUGGAAGAAAUCUUUGAAAAAACCUGGCACGAUGAUUGCAACAAAACGAUCAAACUGAGCGUGGAUCAACCGAAAGCAACCAUUUGGAGUCCGGGUUUUCCAAGACCCUAUCCGGACAACGCAAACUGUUUAACUGCCAUCACCGCACCUCCUGGAUAUCGGAUAGUGCUAGAUUUUGAAGAACUGGUACUCGAAAGUGAACCUUUAUGUACCUACGACUACCUUCAAAUAAUGGAACCCACUGGAAACCACUCCGCGCCGUACACGAAAGCAGGUUCACGACCGUAUGCCGCGGCGGGUCCUCUCUUCCAGACCCGAAACCCCCGACACAGUUCCAGUAGGUUUUUCAUCCGCCGUCGGAAGUCGAAUCCGGCUUUUGCGAACGAUGACGCGAACGGCGAUCGGUUGCUUUCCAAUUUUGCCAGCGCCAAAGCACCGAGCCUGAUCCUUCAGCCGGACGACCCAGGCUACGAUCUGCGAAUUCCACCGCCGGACAUGAACUCCGGUCGGGUGCCGCGUAAGGUUUGCGGUGAUUGGAGCUCGAAGCUGAAACUGCUUCGGCACGUCAGCCAGGGACCGCUGCUCGGGUUGCGCUUCGUUUCCGACUACUCGAACCACUUUGGCGGUUACAAGGCCAAGGUUGCCAUGGAAAAUGCCGUAUCCGAGUGCUACGACGAGCGGUUCAAGGCUUACAAUGCGUCCUGCUAUUUGUUCAUCUCCUACCCGGAAGUGGACUGGAUGACGGCCCAACAGGUCUGCCGAGGCAUAGGAGCCCAGCUGGCAUCGAUAUCGACUGGCGAUGAGCAGAGGUUCAUUACGGCCAACAUCAGGAACAGUUUGGACUACACGCCCCGUGCGCUGUACUGGGUGGGCGGCGAGCUGUCCGACACUGGCGCGGGCGGCGGAACGCUCGAGUGGGCGGACGGCGCCAAGCUGCUGUUUGAGGGAUGGCUGCCGGGUCAGAAACCCGAUCCGAUUCAAGCGGGCAAGAUUGCUGCCGGCGGCAGCUGUCUGGGGCUGCAGUGGAGAAUUUCACCCACUCCUAUGAUCUCUUCCGGAUUGCAUUGGAGCGCUCAAAAGUGCACCACCGUCGGUGGGUAUGUCUGUAAGAAACCGCGGCCGACGGCGGAGGAAAACAUGGCUCGAAAUCAGACUCACACCGGCACGGAGGGUCGGCUUCUUUCGCCUAACUAUCCCAAUCCUUAUCCAACGCAAACUGACUACUGGGUCCGGUUGGUAGCUCCCGAAGGGAGCCGCAUAAUAGUUCAGUUUCAAACGCUGGACAUUGAACAUCAGGAUGAAUGUUUGUACGACUAUGUAAGUAUUCAGAAUGUUGAAGUAUUGCCGAGUCCCCUGCUGAACCCGGGUACCAGUGCGCUUCCGUUGGCAAUGUUUUGGGAACAUGUGGAAGAUUUAUCGUCACCAGAUUCUACGGACGAUCAACCUUUCCGCAAUUUGCUCAAUGGAAAUUAUUACAACGACCAGAGGAGCUCACCGCCGAGGGAGGAGAAAUUCCAACGGAAGCGUUCGCUUCCGUUGAACGACGAUAUUCAACAGAAGCUGCAGGAUAACAUCAAACUGCUGGAGAAGAUAAACUCCAAACUAAGGGAUAGGAAGAAGCGUUUCCUUAGUUCCGACAACUACAAAACGGUGAAGAACAGUAAUCAGAGUAUUACAUUAGAGUCUAAUAGCCUGCUCGAGCCGGGCGCAGAUAGUGACACGGGGCCGACGUUCCUACCGUAUGUCCGAUGGUGCGGGACGCACGAUUCCAACAUGACACGGUUCAACUUCAUCUCGACCGGAAACGAGGCUUUUCUUCGUUUCCACUCGGACUUUUCCGUGUCUGGCAGUGGAUAUUCGGCGACCUGGAGCACAGUGGACAUAACCGGUUGUCCGAUUCAAACCAUCACCUCGCGCGAGGGCAUCAUCAGCAGUCCAAACUAUCCGCACUUUCUGCUCAACAAUCUCGAUUGCACCUACGUCAUUCAGGCACCGUUCGGGAGGAAAGUUUGGCUCGAGAUUGAUUUUUUCGACAUCAUCGAAGAUGCCAGCCUCUACGUCGACAUAGCUGAUGGACCGUUUGAACCGUUUGGCAACGAGCACCAGCUGAAUGAUGGCGUCUUCCUCAGUAAGGGCGAACGGCUGGUCGUACGUCUUAAAGCCGGUUCGCUGCCCCGGGGGAAAGGAUUUCACGCGAGCUUCAAAACACUUAGCACGGUAAUCGAGCAGAGGUCCAUAAAUCUGGAAAAUAAAACGAACGGCAAUUUAUUUUACCUUAACUACCCGCAAACGAUGCCGUUCGAGGUGGACUUCACCCAGCACCUGAUAGCGCCGCUGGGGGAGGUUAUCCUGCUGGAGCUGCACGGCGUGGGCUUCAGCGAGCACGGCUGCCAUAAGGAUGGAUUUAUUGAGAUUUUCGAUAACUACGCGGACAAGAACGGUACCUUGUGGCACCUGUGCGAACUUGCUCACCAGAAUGGAACCACCGCCAAAGCCGUAUAUUCAGCGGACCAGAAUCCGAUCGAGAACAACCUUGCCAAGCCAGCUCCGAUCUACAUCACAUCCUACCUAAACACGCUGCACGUUCGUCAGCGAAGCGUUCAGGGUUUGGGUGUUCCGCUGAACGCCACCAUCCGGCUGCAGGCCGACAUCGGCUACAAAAUGAAACUGAUCACCAACGAGGAAGAAUGGGUUGAAAGUUGCAAACCCAAUCCAUGCCAAUCGGGGGGGAAGUGCGUAAUGCAGAAAGAUCGCGGCACGUGUCAUUGUCGGGGACACUUCACGGGCCGUUUUUGUGCCCUCAACAUGUGUGAACUAGAACCGUGCUACUUUGGGAAGUGUGAACUGACGCAAUCCAGCUUCAAGUGUCUCUGCCAGCCGGGCUACAUGGGGCAGCGAUGUGACGAGAAACCAAAACCUUGCGAGGAUAAUCCUUGCGAAGGCCGCGGUGAGUGCCAUCCGAAGAAUAAUGGGUUUUUCUGUCGCUGUCACGCCUGGUGGGAGGGACCUCGCUGCGAGAAGCGAAUGAUGCGAAUCCCGUUCAAACCACUCUCCGAACGGAUGCUGCAGGAACCCUUCUGGUUGGGUUUGAUUACGGUUUUCGUGGUGCUGGCAGUGAUCGGACUGGUUUGGUGUGCAAAGCGACACUUUCCGGAAAAGAUCGAAAAGUUACUGGCCGAUGAAGCUCAUAGGAAUCGAACCAACUUCCCACCCCAUCACCUCAAUACUGCCUUGCGUGAUCAGCUGCAAGCGGCGGCCACCGCUGGAACGGUGUCCUCGUCAUCAACCGCAACGACACCGGCCACUCAUCGGACCAUCUUCGGACGUUUGGGUACACCAUCACCUCGUAAAAAGCGAAACAAUUCCACUCCAACCAAGAAGAACGUCAACGAAAAGAAACAGAUACUGCAGCAGCUGGUAUCGCCGGCUCCGAACUCCUCUACCAAGCAGGUGAGCCUGGGCGAACUGAUUCAACUGUCCGAAAACCGGCUGAAGGUCAAUCACGCCGAAUCGGAAUCGGACAUCAAGGAGACAACCUUUUCCGACCACUCGCUGUCCGUUUCGUCGAUCGUGCGCCAAAUAUCGGACCCGAAGCUGGAGAAGAAGGUGACUUUCGCGCGGCUUCUCAGUAAGGUAUCCGCCGAAAUAAGCAGCGGUUCCGACGAUCUCACAAACGGAACAAAACAUUGUAGUGCUUUAAGUCUUCCGACCGAAGUUACGCAUCGCGCAAAUUCCGUACCGCAGUCGCCAAGCACAAACGAAAUUCGUUCGCCGCACAGCACUUCCUCGAACCAGGGAAGUGACUCGCUGUCCAGCUCCGAGCUUGCUUUGCAUGAUUUUGGUUUGCGGGCUCAUCGGCGGGUACGGCCGAAGGUGUCCAGUGCCGAUUCCAUUCUGGCUAUGUUCAAAAACUUUGCCACUUCGAGCGCCGGAAUAAAUCUACCCUCGUCCAUCGUGAUCUCACCAUCGUCCACACCGACGGCAUCCAGUCCGCAGGAUGACGUGGCCGGCGAUGACGACUCGUCGACGUCCUCCAUCCACACCCCGGUCAGCUUCUCUAGUGGCGCGCCGGAUUCACCCGUUUUCUACCGCCAGAGUACGAUUGAAGUACCCGUACUCGAUGCACUUAGCGCUCACAAAACAACACCCUCGACUACUACUACUACAACUACUCAGAUGCACCCGCCUACCAUACUGCUGGAAAUACCCUCGAGCGGUAUUAAUAACAAGUGCCUAUCCCCCAUCAGAGAAAUGCCAACACCGAUCCCAUCGCCAGCGCUAACACCGAUAAUGCCGCGCCCUCACCGAGUCCGGUCCCCCCAGAACGCCGCCUAUGACGAGUCGAUGUCGGUGACGUUCAGCGGCGAUUACUCCGGCUACAACAACUCCAAACCCAAUCAAGUCACGAUCGAAAUCAAUCACCCCGAGUCGGAUACCGAUUCGUCUACCCCGAUGAACAUGUCCUCCCAGAGCGAUUCACUCAGUUCCAGUGGUUCGACCAAGAGUCGCAAAACUCCUCCCCAAGUCUGCAUCUCGAUCGACGUUCAGCCGCCCACUCCGAAGCGCGAGAAAGCCGAACGUCCCCGCGAUUUGGUCAUUCCCGAGCUGGUGAUCCAGCAGCCGAGCCCAACCAAGGAACGCUCGCAGGUGAUCAUGUUUCCGGGAUCACCUCCCCCUCAGCGUGCCAGCAUCGGAGAAACGAGUUUUCUCUUCCCCAAUAAACAACAACAGAAAAGAUUGCUUAAACAGUGGGAGAAACCAGGGUCUCUUGAUCUUCCCUUCGAGCCGCCGAUGAUUACGAUCACCUCCAAUAUGAGUGAACUCGAGUCGGACGCGGACUGCAUGUCACCGGCUGCAACAGGUAAACCGAACGGUGCCACCAGACUUGGCGUGACUGGUAGUUCAGUAGGAAUGUGCUAUCUCAGCCCGUUUUCAAUGUGUAUUCGAGGCGAUCGUGCUCCGUCUGAAAGUAACCUUAGUUCAUCCGGCUACUCUAGUAUGGCUAGUCCCGGUCCCAGUAGGUGCGGGUCCAACAAUCCGCUUUGUCCCAGUGAAAUGGAGGAUCCAGGCACAGGUCCUUCGGGUAACGGCUAUCCUGGGUUGAGUUCUAUGUUGGGGACGAACCGAGGUCGCCACCAGACAUCGAUACUGAAGAAACACAACGAAUCCAGCGGGAGCGGAACGGCAGCUGGCGGCGCCAGCGAUCGAAACGAAUCCUUCCGCCAACGAUCCGAUUCAGAAACCCUCUCCGAUGAUCCGCUGCUCGAGUCGAACGACGAGGGCAUCGGGACGGAUCAUCUGGACGAGAAAAUCGAAGACGGUGAAAUCAAGAGUGCCAAAGAGCUGGAAGUCUAUAUCGGCAAAGAGUUGAUCGAGAAUGGCCGAAGUAUUCUCAACCAGGAAGCCGCGUCGAUGUCGCAACUGCAACUGCCGUCCAUCGUGAUACAGUCUGAGAGUGGGUUCGAUAAACUGUCACCGGUCUCAUCACGAUCCGAGAGUCCCCUUAGUGAACGAACCGCCAGUAUGGAACGGUUCUCUCCCCUUUUCUACGGUAAAAAAGACCAGCAGCUUCCGUUUACCGACUCCGACGGUCUGUACGAUUUCCCUUCGUCGGACGGUAAGGGUAGCUCCACAACGCAUCGCAAAAGUACCGGCAGGAGGAGAGAACGGCGCAGCUCACGGUCCGGAACUACAACACUUUCACCUUCCAAGUCGACAUCGAUUCUGCUGGAUAUCCCCCACAAGGACAGUGCCGGUGCCGGCCAGCACUUGAUGGGCUCCCAUGCGGGAUCCAAACCAGUUUGCACCACUCCGACGAGAAAAAGUCCCAAACGACGACCACUCUACCGACAUCCGGUGGCGAGCAGUUCCUCGUCCACCGAAUCGUUGACGUCGACUCGCGAUUAUGCACAACGAUCUAGCAAAGCUCUGGCAACGUACACCAAGGAAACCCACCUGUUCGACUCCGAUGAUGACACUGGCGAGGAUGUGUCUAGCCAGAUACUGCCCACGGUGACAAUCGAAGACAUCAGCCGGCCGAAGAGCAAAAUUGGACGCCUCCGAGCUAUCGGAAACCAAAUUCGGUUCCUUCGCCGGCUGGAACGGUCGAUCCAACGGAAGGACCAUCUGAUCGCUGGCUCCGACGAAGACGGUUCAUCGUCGCGGGAAUCUCCCAAAGUGACUUCGCCGCUACUGAAGCAAGCGCAGGACAACAACGGUCCGAUGGCAGGCACCAGCCAGACGCUGACACCGGAAGGGUCUAACGACGAGCGAACGCCUCUGCAGCUGCUUGCCCCUUCGAGUGCCGCCGGCACCAAGUCUCGCCAGAAUUUUAAAAUGUCCCGUCAGAAACGGAUAGCCAAUAGCCGGGGAGGAGCAGGAGCAGGAGCAGGAGGAGGAGGAGGAUAUGCCGAACAACAGCCUUGGCCUGAACGGGAGCACCGGCUGCUCGGCAGCGGUGAUGUAAAUAGUGAAUAG